UAAAUAACUUCAAAAGCGAACACUUGUAAGUCAAACUUGGCAUCAAAAGAAGCUCCGAGACAAUACUCCAUUUCUAAAAAUGCAGUCACCACAUCUGUACUCUCAUUUCAACCCUACUCUUGCUGCAUACAAAGACAAUGCUAUGCCUUCAAAUGUGGACUUUCCGUAUUCUCCGUGUAGAAUGCAACAACCGACGCCAAGUUUCUUUGCUAACCACCAAAAUCCCAUGUCUGGUUAUAUGACUGCGUCUCCGACUCAGGCAAGCGUUUUUAAUACUGGAAUGUCACCGAGUCCCGAAGGCCCUACCGUCAACUUUGGACCCACUGCUGUUUCAGCACCAAACGCACCAGGUAUGAACACGACUGAUGGCCAACAUCUUUUUUAUCCGAGCGACGCCGCGUAUUCUCAAUAUCCAUGGAUCAAAAGUAGCGAAGCGCAUUGGUGGCCAAGUGGCGGGAUUACUGGAGUGACAGCGUCGAACGUUUGGGGUACAAGACCGUCAGAUGGCAAGAGGAAAAGAACAGCUUAUACUAGAAAGCAGUUGGUGGAACUCGAGAAAGAAUUUCACUAUAAUCAUUUUUUAACAAAAGAGCGCCGAGCAGAGUUAGCCUCACAGUUGACCCUCACCGAAAGACAAGUGAAGAUUUGGUUUCAAAAUCGACGAAUGAAGCACAAGAAAUGCGUUGGUAGUGCUGGUGCCACGGCUGGUAACAAAGUGAAAGGUUCAUCGUCAAAUGCAGAUAGUACUCUCACAGCAAGCAAAUCGUUAUCUCCAGUAAAUUCACCAAGAAAUAACAAUGAACAAGUUUUUAAGCCAGCAAUCACCAGUCUUCAAGGAUUGACAGGCAACAAUUCACCUGUUAUAACGAACAGUGCGCUCUACCGUGUGUAGUAAGUAGAGACUCUUCAAAGAUGGAUUAUUGGUCAGAUGCUAUUAUACAUAUGGUCAGCCUGUUGGUUAGACAAAGUCGAUGAACGGUGGAUAGUAGUGACUGACACUUGUGGUUUUGAUAAAAACAUCAAGGAGCUGGUCUCCUAACACUUAUUCACGUGGGGUGAACGUUUUUUCCGUAUAAUAUUAUAAUAAUUAGAUUGUGGCUCAAGCCUAAAGAAACUCAUUUGGCUGUAUGAUGUUGUAUUUGACAAUUGUGCAAUAUCACACAUUAUACACUAGGUAUUGUCUUAAUAUAGCAAGGCAUUUGCAAUUCACUGUAAAAUAUUUUAAACUUAUUUAUUGUGUAAAAUGAUUAACUUGAACUACGUCGUUGAUAUAAA